AUGGCGAAGAAGAAGAAGCACGCCAAGGCGAACCCGGGAAGCGGCGGUAAGCGUAAAUUCUUCCAAGGAGCGACGAAGACCGAGACGGAGACCAAGAGCGCGUUCGAGUCGGUGAGCGUGCGAAAAAAGUUUGACAUCUUAGGCCGCAAGGUGAAGGGCGAGCGCGGGAACGUCAUCAAGGCUCGCACCGAGGCGAUCGAAAAGCGCAGACGUACGCUCCUGAGAGAACACGAGGAGAACGGGAAAGCAAACUCCUUCGUGGACAGACGGUUCGGAGAAAGCGACGACGGCUUGAGCGCGGAAGAUAAGCACAUCGGACGGUUGGCCAAAGCACGAUUGAGACAGUACAAGAAAUCAAAGAACUUUUCUCUGAACGACGACGACGAAGAUGGUUUCGGAACGCUCACUCACCUGGGACAGCCACUGGCCGAGGGAGAUUUGACGGCCAAACCGAACGGAGAUGACGACGACGACGACAACUUAGACGGAGAGAUGACGCGGGCAUUCCACUUUGGCGGUGGUGACUUCGAACCGACGUUGAAACGCGACGGCAAUGGUCACGACGUCAGUGAGCCAGAACGCCGGAAAACAAAGAAGGAAGUGAUGGAAGAACUCAUCGCUAAGAGCAAAUUCCACAAGGCUGAGAAGCAAAAGCAGCGCGAAGAUGAUCAGUACACGCUAGACAAACUUGACGCCGACUUCAAAGUGAUCAGCCAGGGAGGGAUGCUCUCAAGUGCGCUGCGAAAGGCUGUCGGACACAUGAAACCGACGACGAAGGCAAAGAGCAACGCUCCCGAGCAAGAAAAGGAUGAAUACGACACCUGGGCGAGGACUUUGGCCUACGAGCGCCGAGGUCAAGCUGGCGAGAGGGCAAGGACACAGGAAGAAGUCGAGGCGCAGGAGAAGCUUGCAUUGGAACAAGCGGAGAGAAAGAGACUGAAGCGCAUGCGCGGUGUGAACUCUGAUGAUGAAAGCUCUGACGACGAUGGUCCCCAGGGUGGGUACGCCGCUCGAAGACGCAAAGCAAAAAAAGCAGAGAGAGGCGAUGAUGACGAUGUUGCUACUGAUGACGUGCGUCGAGAGGGAGGCGACGACUUGGAUGAAAAUUUCGCCCUGGAUAGCGCCGAGGAGGUUGAGGAUGAAGAAGAGGAUGGCGUCGGGUCCGAGGAUGAGGACGAUGUUUCUGAUGAGGAUGAGGCUGAUGACGAUAUGGAUGAUAAUGCUCGUCUUCGAAAGUCAUUUAGAUCCGAGUUGAAGGAUGUCGAGGAAGAUUUAGACAAGGGGAAAAAUCGCCUUCGAAAGCUGGGUAUUCUCCAAGACGGAGUAGAAGCUAAGGAUUCAGAGGAAGAUGAGGAAGAUUACGAGGACGAGGAUGAGGACGAUAAGGAUACCGAAGACGAGGAUGAGGACGAUGAGGAUGCCGAAGACGAGGAUGAUGUGGUCGAAAAUGACCAUGCUGGUGUCUUGAGAGAGUUAGAAGAGGAAAUUGCUGGAAAUGCGGCAUCUCGUGAGGGCAAAAAUCCGGAUAAAAAGGAAACGCCGAGGCAUGAAGCAAAGUCCAGUGAGUCAAUGAGAGUGGAUAUACCUUUCACAUUUCCUAUGCCCGAGAGCUAUGAAGACCUCGCUGGUAUGCUUGGUGCGCACGGCGCUGAGGACACGUUCACGAUUAUUUCUCGAAUACGAGCUUGCAACGCGCCUACGUUGGCGGCAGAAAACAGAAAGCGAAUUCAAACGCUUUUCGGUCUACUUUUACAACGGUUUGAGAUUUUUGCGGGGCAGGCGCCGAUACCCACCGACCACUUGGACGUUCUUUCAACACACAUUGUCGAUCUGAGCGCGCAAGUUCCUUUCUUUGCCGCAACCGCGGUCAAGGCUCGCGUAGAAAAAAUGAGUUCAAGACUUCGUCAAGCGCUGCGCUCUGGGGAGACCGGUUGGCCGCCCUCGAGAACGGUGUUGCUUUUGUCCUUGUUUGCAGCAAUCUUCCCCACAACAGACAAAGUGCAUCCAGUGAUGUCGCCUGUGUCUCUCUACCUUGGAAACUUGCUCGCGCAUUGCGCCAUAAGAUCAACGAAAGACGCGGCGUUGGCUGUCAUUAUUGCGACGAUGUCUAGCAUGUAUUCAUCUGCAUCUGAAAGAGUAUUUCCAGAAGCCGUGGCGUUGAUGAGUGCUUUGGUUCUAUCUGCCUCAAGACCUAAAGCGCAUUGGUCAGAUGGUUUGCCAACGCAUCUCGCAGAGCAAAUCGGUGGUCCUUGGUUGUCAAGUGCUAUUAACUCUUCCAAAUCGGGCACGUUGUCCUUGCCUGAGACGUUGAACGGCAUUUAUUUUGGCAAAGUCUCUGAUGAACUGUUGGCGGUGGUCACUUUGCGGGCCGCUCUUUCAUGCUUGCGACAACUCUCUAGACCUGUCGCAAAAACGGCGUCGGCGUCUGAAAUCCUCUUACCAGUUCGAUCGUCGGUGGUAACGCUUCGAAAAGCUUUGAAGAAUGCCAAGUCGCCGUCAGCAAAGCUCUGUGAAGACUUUAUGAAGGAGCUAGAUGAUUCUCUUUCUGGAAGCGUCAAGACACCUCUGGCGUACCACACCAAGGCUGCAGAGGCGAUCAAGACGUACAACCCGAUGUACGAAGAAGAUGGUUACCAGAAAGGUCGGGAUUACGAUCCGAAUCGCGAGCGAGCCGAGGCAAGGAAGCUCAAGAAGCAGCUCAAGCAAGAAGCCCGAGGCGCCAUGCGUGAGUUGCGCAAAGAUAAUCGUUUCAUGGCAGACGCUCGAGCGAAGGAGCAAGCGCAAGCGGCUGAGGAACGCGGUGCACGCCAGCGUGAUGUGUUAUCGUUUUUGGAAAAGCAAGAGUCCGAUUUCAAAUCAGGAGGUCAAGGGGGACAAAUUGUCAAAAACAAACGUCGUGUUUCAAAGGGGAGCAGACGGGCGUUUUAG